GAAUAGAAGUUAUUGAGACACACACACCAGAUCGAAAGGCCGUCAUUCCUGUUAAACCGUGUCUCUUUUGCGGAGAAGAGGAAUACUAGUAAUCGAACGACAAACGACACCAUGCCUGUGAAUCGAGGCAAAAAGAUUGUGGAUGCCCGGCCCCAGGCCGCGGAGGCCGGGGUGGGAAGUCUGCCUCUCGCCUCCACCGCCAGCACGGAACAGCGUGGGGCACGUCGUGUGGUCAUCGGUGGUGUGGAAGGGAUCGACAUCGCGGCGAGCGCAUCCACCACUGUCUCCGCCGCUGCACCGCCUCAGCACUUUAAAGUUCCGGCCGCUGUUUUGCAUCGCAUCCAGCAUCAGCAGCAGCAGGAUGAUCAUCAGCCGGUGACAUCUACUACGACUACCACCACCGCGACCUCUGAUGUGUUGGCGGCAGCGGCUUCGUCUACCCGUUACGAUGCCCGCCAGACAGGCUCAAUGACGUGUGCGACAGAGCCCGCCACACGCGCCCCGUCCGAUGAAGCGGUACAGCAUCCUCGUCGCUCGUCUUCUCACCCCGCGGCCCCAACUCUGGAGAACGGCUCCCAUGCUGUGCAGAAGGCGCACCUCGCUACGAAGCCGCCAACACGCGUUGCGCAGACACCAGCGAACGCUGACGGGGUGGUGGUCGAGGAGGUGAGCGAGGCGGACAUUGCAGCCACCGUAGCGGCGCUGAAGGCCGUCAGCGCGCACCACGUGGAAGGCAUCCGCACCACCGGCACCACGACAACGUCCACCGCCACCGCUGCGCCGCCUAUUUCUUUCUCUGUAACAGGUGCGACGAAGCACAACGGGGACGAACAGUCAGGGGCCGUCGACGCCGCCGCUCCCGCCGCCAAGCCCAAACCUGUCGUUUUCUCUCAUCAGUGGCGCCGGCAGCUUUUCGCAAAGGCGGGCACCGCCUACCCGUCGCUGCCGCAUCCACCGGGCAAAAGGCACAGGGCCGCCUCGGAAAGGGAGAGCAGCAGCACCGACGCGGAGGCGGACGACGACGACGAACUCGCCUCUCCCUUUGGGAGUGCCAACGUGAUCAAGUUUGACAAAAGCGAAGACGAGACUCGCCAUUUCAAUGGCACGGCCGCCAUGCAGUCCAGCAGCCGAAGCAGCAGCAGCGGCAGCGACGGUGACGAUGACGGUUCGGCGGGGUGGGGGGAGGACAACACGACGCGUGCGCAGCAAUCGGGUCAACAGGCACGGCAUGCGCAGCGGCAGCGGGCCCGUGAGGCACGUGAGAAGGAGCGCGUGCAGCACCACAUGACCGGCUUUGAUAAGGAGUUCCUCCGUCAAGAGGAAGCCAGGCUACUGCGGGAGCCCGACGAUGACGAUGAUGAAGAGCAGGGGGCAGACGUCGAGGACGACCGCGACGGUGGUUCCUCUUCUGCGGCAGCCUUCAGUGACGCCUCUGGAGAUGCCGAGAAUGAGGAGGAAGAAGGCGGCGCGGAUGAGGAGGGCAGCGAUGCAGGCGCGGAGUCAGAGACGUCGUCUCAGGCCGGCGGUCAUUCAGCACAGGACGGAGACGCCGAUGACGAGGAGGAAGGCCACACAGCUUCCGAGACUGUCUCGGUUGGGCAAACAGUGGACGAUGCCACUUCUUCGUCUUUGCAUGCACAGCAGGUCGGUGGUUUUGGCGCGAUGCGCCGCGUGCGUCAGCAGGAAGCCGAAGAACGACAUGGUCGUGCCGAGCAGCAGCGAGGUCAGAACAAGGACAACAACGUUAAACGCGUGUCGUCUCCCGCGAUGAAAGCCGAUCCGGCUUCUGCGGCUUCAGCCCCUCCCCACGCAUCCCUCUCCGCCCUGACGUCCCACAGCAUCGGCGCCCGCUCACACUGGUUCGACUCCUUCUUCUUCGCCGUCCACGAGGACCGUCUCCGCAAGGGUGGGUGCCACCACACGCUGAUGGGGCUGCAGGGCCCUGUGGCGAUCCACGGCCCCUGCGGUCUCAUCGGCUUCGGUCUUGGCGAAGUGUGCGUGAAUGGCUUUUACCUUGGAAAGAAGCAGGUGAAUCUCUGGCACGAGGAGCACCACGCCGUGCUGAUGCCGAUGAAGAAGCUCAAGACGAAGCACGCGCAGGAUGUGGAGCUACCGCGGUGGACGCACGUGCCGGACCCUGCGUGGCCGCCUGGUCCGACACCAUCUCCCACGUCGCCCCUUACCGCAAGCAGCGCGGAGCACGUGCUGGGCCUGCCAGCGCACGUGCGUCCUUACUCGGCACUGUCGUCACCGCCGCAACAACGACAUUCAGAAGCUGCCGCCGCCGCCCCCGCCAACGUGGACGCUGCGGUGAAGAGCAGUAAUACUUCCAAGGAAGAGGAAGAAGAGGACAACAACGCGGAAAGCUACCUGCAGCCACUGCAGUGGAACUGCGAGGCCGUGUUUGGCGAGAUCGAUUGGGACUGGGUGGAGGCGACGGUGCAGAGCUGGCGCAACCUGUUCUCGAACAAGAUGCCGCCGAUCCUCCUGGCAGUGCAGCCGUCGUCGGCGACGAGGCGGCCACGUGGGGUGCCCGGCCCGAUGCGCAAGUACUAUCUCUCCCGCAAACGCAUUCGCCACCACCGCGCAAUGGAGACCAAAAAUGCAGUGCAGGGCGGUGCGUACAUGGACAUCCCCUCCUUCGUCGCACACCGCAGCGAGACCACCGUCGAUCUGGCGCUCUUACCCGCUAUCGUGCCGGCCGUCGCGGCGCAGGGCUGCGGGUGUGUGAUGGUGCUGGGCUCCGCCAACAUCGGCAAGUCCACCCUAUGCAGGUUUCUCACCAACGUGCUGCUGAGCCAGCAUGGGCUGUGCUACUGGCUGGACCUGGACGUGGGCCAGCCCGAGUUUGGUGUCCCCGGGCAGUUCACACUGACCCUGGUGCGACGCCCUCUGCUGCGCGAGCGGGACGCCAGCUGCGGCCGCACCGUCGCCUCGUUUUUCAUUGGCGCCAACACCGCCGCGUCGUGCCCCGCGUCAACGGCGAACGCGCUCGCAGCGAUUUGCGCGCAGGCGGCGGCCAUCGCGCAGGAUCACCCGGUUGUGGUGAACACGCACGGGUGGGUGCUGCAGACAGGUCGGCGUGUCACGGUCGAGGCCCUGCGUCGGCUGCGUCCGCGGCAGCUCAUUCACCUUUACCAGGCGAAGGAGGAGGCGUGGGCGCAGGACACAGCAGCCCUGCUGGAUCCGCGAAAUGGGCUGAACGCGGACGUCGUGCAGCGUCGAUUUCUGGUCCGCCACACCGCGAUGAGGUCGAAUGACGACGACGGCGAGGACAGCAAGCAAAAAGAUCGUCGUGUGAAGAGAAACGCGAAGUCGCACGUGAUGAAGAACGUCACGGAUCCUGCGGCCGCCGCGCCUUCUUCCGCCGCUCUCCUGUGCCGCCUUCCCUUCUCGCACGCUUUCGACGUCGCGAGCACGCGUGAGCUCUCCGGCCCCGACUCGCCGGUGGUCUCGCCGAACUCGCCUCAGGCCAGCCGCCCCAGCGGUAAAACUAAAAGCGAUAGCAAAGGUGCGGUGAUUCCUUCGCACACGUGGCGUGGGCAGGUGCACGCCGUCCGGGUGGAGCGAGAGGAGACGUACUCCUCCACUCAGAUCCUCAAGGCAACGAAGGGCAGCCAUGGACGGCAGCAGCGGUGGCAGACGUACUUUGCCCCUCUUCUGCACUUCUACGCCCAGCGCGGUGCGGGCGCCGCGAAGGCGCGCCGGGCGGGGGCGGAGACGACGCUGCUGGAGGCUCCGCUGUCCUCGCUGCGCUCCAUUGUGCUGGCGGAGCGGGACGAGAAGGCAGGCGAGGUGCAUCUGUAUCCGCCCCACGUACGCACCGCGUCUGCCGUCGCGGUCGCGGCUCGCCAGACGCGCGCGGAGGUGGCCGCCGCACUGGAGCACGCGGUGGUGGCCGUGCUGCUUCAUCAGCCAGCUGAGGCGCCAUCGUCGUCGUCGUCGUCUCCCUCCUCGGCGGUGGGUCGCGGCGGGUGUGUGGUGCGCAGUCUGGCCUCCCUGCCCUACGGCUUCCCCGUCACGUGCUACGGCGUUGUCGAAAGCAGCGAACAGGAGCUUUUGCGCGGCAAAGAAACGACCGCCGCCGCAGAGGUCGGCGUGACGACGGAUACGGCGUCCGCCGAUGGGUGGAUACGUCUGCGUGUGCCGCUGCGACCGGCCGUGGUGGCGGCCAUGUUCCACGCGUGUGCUGCGCCGUCCGCUGCUGAGAAGAGCUCAACCGGGGAGUUGGACGCCGGUGCCACGCAGAUCUCCAUCGCCUACAGCGCCGCCUUGCGACAAGACACCUCGUUUUUCGAUGAGUAG